AUGUGGGCACCAAACCGGACAGGAACUGGCAUGACACGCACACCAUCUGUACAUUCAGUCGCUUCGAUCCACUCCAAUAGUCGCAUGUCCAUUGCCUCAUCACAGGUCCAAAGAGCAUCGCAAAGUUACGAUUCCGACAACUUCUCAGACACUGCUUCAGAAGACAGCCGAGCCAACUUCCGCACCAUUCCAGAUUCCACGAUGCCUCCUAUGUGGCGUGAACAGGGCCGGCCGCCAGUGAAUGCAAGUGCUCCACAGCGAGGUGGCCAUGAUCGCGAUGACGCCGUGCUCAUGAAGCUUCAACAACAGCAACAACGGCAACAAGAGGUUCCACGGACACAACAAAUAGAUGAUGAUGCGACAUCCAGAUCGUCUACGCUGAAUGGCAACGAGGAUGACUCGUACCCACAAAAGCCACAAAAGUCAGCAGCGCUUGCCGUCCGAAGAAGAGAAGACUCUGGUGAUGAGUCAACAUCACCCCCUCGUGCGCCACGUGUGCCUGGGCCUCUAGAGUCACAGCUUGCAGCACUCAUGUCCAAACUCAUCUACAUUGAGCAGGAAAAUCCAGUUGCGUCUGUGACAGCAGAAGAAUACAAGGAGACAUUGGCUCGUCUCAAGGCGCUAGAGGAAGAGAAGAAGACAUGGUGGAAGCGCCAUGAAGCAAUUUGGGCGCUGCGGGAUGAAGACGUAGAGAACAACAUCAAAAUCAGAGGAUUGCUAGCCAAGACUCGAAGAGAGCUAGAAGCCAUGAAAGUGCUGCGGGACGAGGAUCUAGUCAACGUGCAGAUUGUACGAAGCAAGCUGGCAGAGAAGACGAGAGAACUCGAUCGAGUACAAGCACAAGCUGGGCGAUCGAGUCCCAAUCGACGGCCAGGCAGCUAUCUCGAACGGCGCGGCACCAUCGAUCUGUUCACGGCCGCCAAAGUCGCCGCGCUUGAGCAACGCGCGCUCGAGCUGGAAAAGCGGAAUUCCGAUCUCGUCGCUCAACUCGGCGGUGCACCAGCCGGCUCCAGCAUUGAUCAACUGAACCGCACGGCCGCCCACGAAGCUUGGAGAGACACGGUGGCCGCGCUGGAGGAAAAGAUGAAGGCGAAAGAUGGCGAGAUUGCGCAACUGCGAAGUAACAGUGGUCUACGCACUGCUUCUACAGCCGGGUCAGCAUCCAUGGACUGGUUCAAAGUAGAGGCUUUGCUUGAGGAGCACGCCAGCUACCGUGAGAGUGUCGGAGGCAGGCUACAGGCGCUGAGAUCGGAGAAGGAGAGCCUGCUCAAGGAACUGCAUCACAAGGAAAAUGAAUGCCAGGCGCUGGAACUCAAGGUGCAGACCUUGCAACGGCGAGCGAGUAUGGUGUAG